UCCAUUGGUCCAGUUAAAAUUAAUCAGAAAAGAAUCGUUCGAUGCUGCAAUCUACGAGGGGGCUAGAAUUCAAUCAUUCAAUCUACAACGCCAUCGUCAUCCUCAGGUGCUCCCGCCCGGUGCACAUUUUAGCUAAGCAUCCUGUCAGUCUUUCCAUGCAUGAGCAAGCCGCGGCAUCUGCUGCCAAAAGUAAAGAAGCAAACGAGCCAAAACCUUGGAGUAACCUGCCCGGAUUUUACUUGCCGGAAAGGAGCUCGACUUUUGGUCCCUCUCUUCGUCCCAUCUGUCUGUAUGUCCGUCAGCGAGGCCUCUUGGCAACCGCAAUUUCCUCUGGCCCCAGCUAGCAGCUAAGCAAAGGCACACCAUGCCGCUGCUACAACUACAAGAAACUUUAUGGCACGUCGCAACGCCACACAGGCGACCUGUUCCAAGUCCCAACACACAGGAGCUCGAGUCGAGUCGAGCUGCCCUCGCCAUUUCCAAGCUCUCGGAGCAGAGCACCCACCGCCCACACAGAACAACAAUGAAGCCUCCGUCAUCGCCGCCCGCCCAACAAUGGCCCAGCUCCCCGUCCCCGCGCGCCACCGUCGUGGCCCGCCAUUCCUCGCCGGACCCAUGCGCCGAGGCGAGCGUGGUCAUCAACGACGUGGACGCCUUCGCGCGCACCGUCGCCGCCAUCCGGUCCAAGCCCGCCGCCUCCGACGACAGCCUCGCCUCCGUGCUGUCCCACUACGCCGCCAGGUGGCUCCCCGACGUGGCUUCCUCCUCGUCCCCUUCGGGCCGCUUCCAGUUCCCGCAGCAGCAGCAUCCCCCGGAGAGCCCCACCGCCACGUGGCUCAAGAAGCGGCUCCUCCUCGAGUCCCUCGUGGCCGCGCUCCCGCCGGAGGAGCCCGACGCCGGCGCCGGAGACGACGACGGCAACGACAGCGGCAUCGCGUGCGACUUCCUCCUCCGCCUGCUCCGGGCCGGGAGCAUGGUGGGCGCGGACCGGGCCCUGCUCGGGGACCUGGAGGCCCGCGCCGCCCGGCGGCUCGACCAGGCCUCCCUCGGCGCCGUCAUGAUCCCGGCCUUCGGGCUCCAGGGCCAUGGCGGCCCGGCCCGCGACCGCCACCCUGCGACGCUGCUGGACGUGGGCCUGGUGCUCCGGCUGGUGCGCGGGUUCCUGCGGGAGGGCGCCAAGGCGGGCGCCGCGGCCAAGGUGGCCAUGCUCGUGGACGCGUACCUCGCCGAGGCCGCGCUGGAGGCCGGGCUGCGGCCGCUGGAGUUCGAGGAGCUCGCGCGCGCCGUGCCCGCGCACGCCCGCGCCGCCGAUGACGGGCUGUACCGCGCCGUCGACACAUACCUCAAGGUGCACCCGCAGGCGAGCAAGGAGGAGCGGCGGUCGCUGUGCCGGCUGAUCGACGCGCGCAAACUGUCGGCGGAGGCGGCGGCGCACGCCGUGCAGAACGACCGCCUCCCGGUCCGCUGCGUGGUCCAGGUGCUCUUCUCAUCCGAGCACGGCGGCAAGCUCAGCCGCCUCGCCGACUGGAGCGCCGCCGGCUCCUUCCGCUCCCUCCAGCAGCACACCCCCAGGAGCCCCGCCGCCCUCGACCUCUCCUCCUCCUCCGCUAGCGCCAUUGCCGCCCGGUGCCCGUCGAAGCGCGAGGCCGUCGCGCAGCAGCAGCAGCACGAGCUCCGCCGCCUUCGCGAGGACGUCGCCCGGCUCCAGGUGCAGUGCCACGCGUUGCAGGCGCAGGUGGACCGGCUGGGCUCGUCGGACAGGAGGCGGCGGGGGCUGUUCAAGUGGGGAGCGUUCCUGUUCGGCGGCGGCAAUGGCAUGGGCGCGGUCGAGGACUCUGACAGCGCCAUGGAGAGGACGCCGCUUAGCGGGACGAAGAAGGCCCGCGCUGCCGCUGCCGCUGCCGCCUCGGGGUCGACGCCGGCGACGGGAACGCCGACGGUGGCGAGGUGGCGAAGGUCGCACUCGUGAACCGAGACUCGGUUGACCGGGAAGAAGACGCCUCUACGUUGCUUGCCGGUCAUCUCGUCGAGAUCAAGCGAGGACAUUGUUUGUUUCUGAGUUUCUGGUGAGCGACGCUCUGUUUUGUUUGGUUGGGAAUCUCAACGAGCGGGCUGGCUAGUGGUGUAUUUUGGUUGGAUUUCUCUUUUGGAUUUCUAGGUGUGCAAGUGUGAGCGCCGCUCGGUGGAUGUGAGACCAGAUGGCGACACAUGUCAUUUCGCCGCUCAUAUCCAUCUCCGUUAAUCUGAGAUUGUGCAUAGUUAUUCCAAAAAAAAAAAGAUUGUGCAUAGUUUUUCCUUU